CUGCUUGUCACACUGCUGUGCUGUAAGCUGUUCUACGUCUGUGUUUCAUGGAGGUAGAGUUUUUGUGUUUCAUAAAAGUGUAACAGUUGAACUAGCACGCCAGUAGCCAUGGCGAUCACAGACAUCCUUGACCUUUCACCCAGCGUGUCUGUGAGUUUGUUGUUGGCCACCUCCAUUGUCCUGCUGUACCUUCUGUACACGAACCUCUUUGGCAAGGAGAGAUGGGAGAAAUAUGGCGUUAAGCACGUCAGCCUGGGCAGGCUGGCCCUACAAGAUUUUAGGAUCAUAGCCUCAACUCUCUUUACCCAACACGGGGACACAGUGGGCUUUAAACUGAACAAACUGAACCUACUGACCCGUGACCUGGAGCUGGUCAAGCAGGUCAUGGUCAAAGACUUCAGCAACUUUGUUGACAGAUCCACCCUCAUGACCACUAACAGCGCUAUGGAGACUGGACUGUUCUUCCUGGGAGGAAAAGCAUGGAAAAGAAUUCGAUACGUUUUAACGCCAUCAUUCAGCACAGGUAAACUCAAAAACAUCUGCCAGAAUAUUGAAGAAUCGGCCCAGAAAUUGGCCACGGUGUUUGAAGAGAUGGCCAGGAAACAAACGCUGUUGCCAGUGAAGCACAUCACUGGCCAGUUCACGAGUGAGAUCAUUGCCAGGUCGGAGUUUGGUUUGAGGACAGACUGUCUGGGGAAAGACGACGACGAGUUCACCCACCACGUCAAGAACCUGUUUCAAAUCUACAGUAAACUGGGGAACAUGAUCAUGCAAAUAGCAGCCCGCUCGAAACGCUUGCAUUGUUUUCUGGCACGCACAUUAGGAAUUAGUUUUUUUGAUUCCGUGGACAAACGUGCUGACCAGUACUUUAGCUCUAUAGUACAGACCCUAGUCACACAGAGGGUGGAACUAGAACACAACGGGACAAACAAACCCACGGACCUCUUGCAGAGUCUGGUUGCUGCUAAACUUGCAGGGGACAAGGAAGUAGCCGAUAAUUCUUCAAACGGUGAGGCGAAAGAUAAGACGGUCAAGACGAUGUCGGACCGCGAACUGCUGGGACAGUGCAUCCUGAUCAUAUUUGCAGGGUUCGAAACCACAGCAACAACUCUACAGUUUUGUCUAUACCUGCUGGCUAAGCAUCCGGAAAUACAGGAGAAAGUGUACCAAGAGAUCUGCUCCGUCGUGGCAUCAGACUCACCAACAUACGAAGAACUUGGUCAGCUGACCUACAUGGAGCAGGUCAUUAACGAGACUCUCAGAUUUUAUUCCCCAUUGCCACUGGUCAGCAGAAUCGCCACUGAAACCAGAACAUACGGCAACAUCACCAUUCCCAAAAACGCCGUCGUAUUUGUUCUACUUGAAGAGAUCAUGAAAGACCCCAAAAAUUACCCCAAUCCCGAAAAAUUUGACCCGGACAGAUUUUCACCAGAGAACAGCAAACACCGCGACCCCAUGACCUUUCUACCGUUUGGUUACGGCCCUCGUCUGUGUAUCGGCAUGAGGCUGGCGUACCUCGAGCUCAAAAUUGGAUUCGUCCAUGUGUUGAGGAAGGUCAAGGUUGAACUGAGCGAGAGGACGGAACCUUCUGUUGGAGGAGAUGCGUCGACAUUUUUUCAAGGCAUCCUUUUAGUUGAGAAACCCAUUCAUUUGGAGGUUAAACUCAGAGAAUAA